AUGUGGUGGACACGGAAAGCCAAGGAGAUGGAAGAGGCUCAGAAAGCCGGAAAUGCCCGGAGAUUAUUUCAGCCGAUCCGUGCGACUGUUAACCGGAAAUCUUCUGUAAGCGAAACCAUCAAGGAUCGGAAUGAAAUAAUCAUCUUCAGUAAAGAAGAGUGCCUCGACCGUUGGGGCGAAAAUAAUGGUUUAUCCCUGAAUCUGAAGGGACGUGUGUACCAAGCUACAGUACGGGCUGUUUUGCUGUAUGGCUGUGAGACUUGGCCUAUUCGAGCAGAGGAACUGAGACGUCUUCAGGUGUUCCACAAUCGUUGUCCCAGGACCAUAGCUCGUGCGGGUUGGUGUCGGCGAAUCUGUAACGAGGCAGCUAGAAAGCGCGUUUUCGGUUGUGUAACGGGUACUUCCAUUGAAGAAUGCGUCCAGCACCAGAAACUGCGUUGGUUGAGACAUGUGUUGCAUAUGCCGAAUCAUCGUUUUCCGAAAAGAGUGCUGGUUUCCAUGCCCAGUUUAGAGUGGCGUAAACAGAGAGGUGGCCAACCCUUGACUUGGCAGAGGAGUAUGAAAGAGGUCACGAAACGCUUGGGUGCUGUCGGUGCUACUCGCCUUCCAGGGUGGGGACCGCGUGAUUCUCACUGUGCCUGGUUGGAGACACUACAGGAUAUGGCUGCCAACCGAUGUCAGUGGCGUUCUUGUUCUGGAAUGACAGCCAUUAUUGGUGCGUUUGAUAGAACUGGUGAAUUCCGGGCAUGCGCCAGGUCGUAUCAGCAACGGGUAGUCUCUGGGAGGAUCCACAUAAAACCCAGAAAGGCCACUCGACGUGGCCUGGGUGCUGCAACGACGACGUUUCUGGAAGCUGCAAAGCACCUUUCCACCGACUUGCAACUUACUCAUACGAAACUCAAAAAGUUAUGCAUACUACUAGAAGAGCCGCACGCGGAUAUUUCAUCCAUUUCUAAAUUGGUUGAUGUGAUUCAGUGUGAUAUUGUAGAUUUGAACAAAUCUGUGGUCUCUUUGAAAGCCUUGGAAACACAAACCCAUAGUGAGCUCACCUUUCGCUUGCAGUCACUCAAACACAACGGCCUUAUUGUCAGUGGCAUAGAAUGUCGACUAGCCUAUCUGGUCAGUAGAUUUCAGAAAACUUUGGAGAAUAACAAAGGACGGAUGUCCGACAAAUCGGAAUCGGCAAUCCCUUCAACAACAUCUCUCGGUGCUACUUUGACAAGUAGUGGCAAUCCCGACUGGAAGGCUAAUGGCUGCGACUCUACCAACCUUUAUCACCCGACCUUUAGUGGUGCUUCGCCAAUCCAACCGGAGCUAAUGACCCGGGUAACUUUGGACUUCCCUACUGGUGGCUCUUCUCCGAAACAUUCGGCCACUGAAUCCGGCGCAAGGCCUAGUUUUGUUUCUGGAACACAAUCUUCCGGGUUUACCUCGUAUCCCAUACAUCAUUUGUCAUCGUCUGGGACGUUUAACUCGCCAACUCAGACUGGUGCAACACCGAAUGACCCCACUGAACAAACACAACUCCUUCUUCCACUGCCUGAUCAAGAAGUACGUCAACGUGAUGCCAACUUGAAGCGGGUGGAAUCCACCAUAAUCCAACUCGGUGAAAUUUACCAACAGUUCUCUACUCUGGUCCAAGAACAAGGCGAUAUGGUAAUGCGGAUUGAUAGCAAUACGGAGGAGACAGAAUUGAAUAUUGGCUCGGCACAUGAACACUUAUUGGUUUAUCUCCGUGGAGUGACUGCUAGACGGGCGUUCAUGGUCAAGAUGACCAAGCGCCACGGUUCAGAUGAUAACUCGAGCAUUAUCCAAUCUACUGACUCUUCAGUUCAGCUUCCGGUCAAGCGCUAUUAUCGUCAGCGAGCGCAUUGUAAUCCUUGGUCUGAUCACACUUUGGAUUACCCCGUUCGCCCGGACAUGUUUGAUUGGGAACAUUUGUUCGGACCAACCACUACGGAUAGCCUAGUUCGUUAUGUCGAUGUAGGCUGUGGUUAUGGUGGUUUGCUUUUCAAAUUGGCCUUGCAAUUCCCAGAAAUCCGAUCGGUGGGGCUGGAGAUACGUCUGAAAUUGUGCGAUUUCGUCCAGGAAAAAAUUCGUGCACUACGACUGAAACAUCCUGGACAAUACCAGAACAUUGUUUGUCUACGGACCAAUGCUAUGAAAUUUCUUCCAAACUUUUUUCUCAAGGGUCAGCUGCAGAAGAUGUUCUUCCUCUAUCCUGAUCCACAUUUUAAGCGCAUGAAGCACAAGUGGCGCAUCAUUUCUCCUACAUUGCUGGAUGUGUACGCCUAUGUUUUGGCCCCAAGUGGCUCUCUUUACUGCACCACAGAUGUUCCAGAACUGGCCAAUUGGAUGACGACGUGUUUGUCCAAUCACCCACUGUUCACUGUUUGCUGGUGUGCGCACUUCAGUCCCUCAUCCGAUGGAAAGGCCCUGAGUUUCUCUGAACACUGCGAAUUGCCUGUGGAUCCGGCCUGUGUCGUAGGAUCUGAAGGCGGCUUUGAUGGUAUUGUACGAAUAGACCCAGUGCUCAAAUUUUUCCAGGAAUGUCCAACUGACGAAUCUCUCAAGGCUACACGCGAAGGUCGAACUACUACAUUAAUUGUUUGUCAGCGCCGUGAAAAUCCAGCUUUUCUUUGAUGUAUUGUGGGAAACUAUUUCCGAAUUAAUACGUAUAACAGUUUCCAGCAGCAUUUGUCCACAUGUCUGAGGAAGAAUAUUUUGCUUUUGGCUUAAAAACUAUGAACUUGACUGAUUGCUGCAUCCAGUUACACCGCCUUCAGUUCUCAUGCGACCGUACUGCAUUGCAAUAUCUGGAUAGAGUUGUUUCGUACCUGGCCAGGAGGUACCCAGAAAGCCGAAAUCAGUAAUUUCAGACCGCAAUAAUAACUAAGCUCUGCUGAAUGUUAGCUACUGUGGAAC